AUGCAGGACGCGGGCUGGACUGUCAAAGUUGCGAUGCGGAGCCAGACGACAUUAUCAUCUCUGCGUCCCGUAUCCGGAGGUCUCAUCCUCGUGUACACCGUUCCAGAUCUUUUGAAAGCUCUUGAUAUCACCCGUUCCCAGUUGACCGCUAUGACGGUUGUGAGUCGCAACAACUAUGAAAGGAAUAUUCACUCCCUUGGCCCGGGGGCUAAUUUUUCUAUUAUCAAGUCUAUCAAGCGUGCAGACCCGAAGGACAUCGUCUUGGCUUAUCGAUCUGACAUCCGGGUUAUCUCAAAAAACACCAACAAUCAGGACUUUGCCAUCUCGAUCAGAGUCUUUGUGGAUCUCCGACAAACCAGGGUUGAAAGUGAUGGAUCCCGGCCCGGUUCUCAGAUCCUGUUCGGGCAACUACAAGGCCGAUUUCAUGAUUUCUCACCGGUUUCCAGGGACUCUGAACCCUUCCCUCAACAGCCACCCACUGCUAGUUUGGAGCCUAUAGCUCGGAACGUGGCUCAUGAGCCCUCACCCAAGGCCAAGCAAUUGGUUUGGAAACCGCCCAAGAAGGCUCCCGAGUCCCCCGACGACACUUCCACCAGCAGCACCAAGAAGGACAGCAAAAAGAAGGAUGGGAAGGCUAAGAAGACUCGAAAAAAGCCGCCAUCCGAUGAGAGAUCGAACUCGUACGCUGAGAAGGGCAAGCAAAGUUUCGUGAGUCAAGGCCUCAUUGGUGGGUUUCUGGAGAAGUUGCGGACUCGUAUGAAGGCAGCGGAGGAGUCUAAGCGACAGGAACUGAGGAAAGCAGGCAAGACCACGUCGGAGUCAGAGCGGCUGGAGGUACGGCGGGAUGCGGUGACGAUGGACGAGCGAGACCCUUUGGACUAUCUGUGUGAGAGGGUUGAGCUCAAAGUCAACAAGUGUGGUGACGACGACGUCGACGACAGUCAGGAGGAUUCAGACGACUUGGAUACAGAAGGAAAAGGUAACAAACACGUCCAAUUCCUUCAGUCUUUCCUGACCUACUUGUACUCAAGGAACCUUCAUCAGCUUCUUGGUAGGGCUUCAACUCUUCGACAUCUGUAG